AUGUUUAGCCAUUUGCUGUCGUUUGUGCUUGGCGGAAUAACAAUCCCAUUGGGGGCUUUGUAUCUUUUGGCAAAUGCGGAUUUCGGCAGCAAUGACGCCGACAACGAAGUCGAGGAGACCCGCGAGGUAGUCACAAAGUGGGAUCGAAGCCCGCUUUUGGACUUUGCCAAGUAUGGCCGCGGUCUGACCCUCGUUUCAACCUACGUUUUUCUGUCCGAAACUUAUAUAGGCGACCAGGAGAGUGGCGAGGAGUCGACUGCAUCGCCCCAGCCUGCGGCCGGCAGUGGAUCUGCGCAAUCGUCGCUUAAAAAGCUCAAGACCAAGCAGUCGCGAGACGACCUGAAAUCGACCGCUUCCUCGCAACCCAAGGUCAUCUCCAAAUUACCCAAGUACUGGGCAGAGGUGCGAGACGGCCAUCUCCAUCUUUACUCGACCCGCAAUCCGGAAAAGCGUCGUCAAAUUAAGGUUAUUGCGCUGUGUGACUAUGUCGUUUCUUUAUGGCCUCUAGGCGUCGAAGAUUUCGAGCUGUUCUACUCUAGAAUGGCAGUUUGCCUUAUAUCACGCCAUAGCAACGACGGGUUGACUUCUCUUGAUCUCAACCCGGGCGAGGUCCCCAGGGACGCAUUGUUCUUUUACGUUGAAAACCCAACCGUUAAAGAAGAUUUGUAUUUUGCUUUGCUUCAAGAGAGCCGAACCAAAGAAACAGAUUUCAGUCUAGGUCCUCGUGAUCCGUUGGCAAUGGCCCAGCCGCUCAGAGCAACCGACGAAGAAUGGAUGGAGCUGAUGAAUCAGGUGUAUACGCGGUCGGAUUCGAUGCAAUAUAUGUGGCUCAAUGCCAUUCUAGGCCGCCUGUUUUUGGGAGUAAAGGACUCCAAACUAGUUGAGCAAUACUGGCAUGACAAGAUCGCCGAGAAGCUCAAUCGAGUCAAUUCGAGCUAUUUCAAGGAAAUCAUAGUCAAAGACGUGAACUGUGGUAAGACUAUGCCGUAUGUUACCGAUGUCAAGCUCCGCAGUUUGACCCCCGAUGGCGAGCUGCUGCUUGAUUUUGGAAUCGACUAUGAUGGUGGAUUCCGGGUCAAAAUUGCUACUCAGCCAGACAUUCAGUGGCUGUCUAAUUUGCUGAUUGAAAUCUCUGUUAAACUUCGUCAGCUCAAAGGCCGAAUGGUUGUUCGAGUCAAGCCGCCGCCGUCAAGCCGUAUAUGGUAUGCUUUCGAAAGCAUGCCGGAAAUGGACCUGCUCAUUGAACCAGUUGUUUCCCAAUCACGCAUGAACUACUCCAUUGUUACGAAGACCAUGAGUAAAUUGCUGCAGGACGUGGUCAAAGAAACCAUGGUCAUGCCAGUUAUGGAUGAUAUUUCGUUCUACGACACAAGUGGGGAAUUUUACCGAGGCGGUAUUUGGGACCACCGCAAGCGGGGCACAAACCAUGACUGGCGAGAGGGAUUCAAAAGUGAGCAGAAAUCACCCGAACAGGCAACUCACUCCCGUCAGUCCAGCACGGAUAGCACGAGGUCAGACACCCGGGUCACAUCAGCGGCAACUUCAGUCGACGAUGAAAAACAAACGGUGCGCAAUCGCUGGGGGUUUAUGAAAAAACCUAGCAAAGCAGACACGCCCUCUGGACCAUCCAUCGUCGAGGCCACGCCCACCCUAGGUGUUACUGCUGCCACGGUCUCUGCCCAGCAGCCCACUGAGCCAGCAAGCGCGGCCAUGUCGAUCCCACAAAGCGGGGGGAUCAAACCACCACUGGCGGUCUCGUCGUCCCCCGCCACAGCAUCUAUCAGCACCUCUGCCGUCACAGCCAGGCCCCAGAGCUUUGAGUGGUCCAGCGGGUCUCCGCCCGGCGCGGACUCAGCGUCGUCCAACGUCUCCAUCAAGAGCGGAAUGUCUGUAAACGCAUCGUUGCCGCCGUUGCCGCCCAAGAAACGAACAGGAGCGAAGCUCACCAGCGUUGCCCCGGAAUCCGAGAGGUUUAAUCAGUGA